CUCAUUCGUUCUUGACAGUAGAGGAGUUUAACGUGGGACAUUCCUCACCGGAGCUCAGUUGACCUGCGAAGAGAAACAACAUUUUCCCAGUCCUUUUAUUGUGAGAUGAUUCAACAUAUGAACCAUCAUAUCAUGGCCAUAUUAUCUGCUUUCCACCGAAGGAAGAAACGUAGUUUGUUGGGCGUGCUCGCUGUGUUCCUUUUUUGCUUGCUGUACAGAUAUGAAAGAGCAACUCACACCCAGUAUAAACAGGAUGGUUUCCUGUUGGUGCCAGAUUCCAGGUGUAAUGUCAACCCUCCAUUCCUGGUUAUUCUUGUGACCAGCGCCACGAACAAGAAUGAAGCUCGUGCGGCAAUCCGGCAAACCUGGGGCAAAGAAACAACCAUUGGCAACAACAGAAUCGUCACCUAUUUCCUCCUUGGAUACAGCGCACAUUACCAGCAACAGCUCCUGAAUGAGAGUUUGCAACACAAUGAUAUAAUCCAGCAGAAUUUCACUGAUUCCUAUUACAACCUGACGACCAAAGUGCUGAUGGGAAUGGAAUGGGUAACUCGGUUCUGUCCAUCCUCCUCCUUUGUCAUGAAGACAGACACUGACAUGUUUGUGAACACCUACUACCUGCAGGAGCUUCUAGCCACAAAGAAUCGAAGCGACUUCUUUACUGGGGAAGUCAGGUUUAAAGAAACACCAAUAAGGCGUGCCAAUAAUAAAUGGUAUAUAAGUAAAAGAGAUUAUCCUCACCCAACGUUUCCGACUUUUUGCUCAGGAACUGGCUAUGUUUUCUCAGCUGAUGUUGCGAAGAAAGUUUGGGAGGUUUCAGCCCAAGUGCCCAAACUUAAACUGGAGGAUAUUUACAUUGCCUUGUGCCUGGCGAAGCUGAAGGUCGUUCCGGUUGAAAUGCACUCAGUGAAAACAUUUUACUCCUCAAAGGUAAAAUUCUCUAUUUGUCGCUAUCGGAAACUGGUGACCUCUCAUGGACUGAGUCCCUUGGAGAUACAGAUAGGUUGGGAAGCUACGAUGAAUUCCACCAGGGAGGAAUGUCCUGAAGAGAGGAAAAAUUGAUGAGCAGCACUUCACAAACAGAAUCGUUCUGGCCACAGAUGUUAUUUUACACUUCCAUGAUAUUGCAGAGCAACAUGGCUUCACCUAUUUUUCUUCACAACAGGUCAUGAAAUUUACACUCUGAAUGGACAGAAGUUCAAAACAGGUCCAAGAUCAGUUCAGACAACAAUCGCCCAAACACUGCUGUUGUAACAUUUGGUUGUCAAGAGGCUGAGUAUUCUCGUGUGAUGUUACGCUGAUGUCUUUCCGAGUUCAGAGCAAAUAUGGGCCAAACAAUCAAUGUUGGAAAGAUGUAGCGCACGAUACUAGACUCAGGCAAAAAUAUAUUGACAUGAAAUCUGGGGGUGUGUGGAGGCUAUGAGACUUUUGUAGGUUUGAAUGAGAUACUUGCUGAAGCCCGGGAGAGUGUUCUCCAAAAACUACAGAUGGAUUUUGAUGACGUGUUUUGUCUAAUAGAUAAUUACAGAUUUGGGGGGAAAUAUCUUUAUUUUUAUCAUAAUUAUUACUGGUGAUAAUUAACAAGUCCUAAGCUGUAUUUUACCCCCCUAUAACUACAGUUACUAUAAUGGCAAUAUAAAUUGUAUGCAUUCUGUAUUUAUAAUAAUAAUCAUUGCAUUUGAUAAAGCGCUUUGUCACUUCUUCGAGAUGUCUCAAAGCAUUUCACAGGAUAUACUGUAAAGUCGAUUGACAGUCUAUUAGACAUCAAGCUGUAAAGGUUGAUACAUUUCAAACGAGAUCUACACAACACGGUCUAAGAACAUCCUGCUUAAUGUUUAAUCAUUGAGGGACUUGCAAAAUGUCAGGGGCAUAACUUGCGUCACUUAGAUCAGAUAUGAGACUUAUUGAGGCAAUCAAGAGGAAAAGAGAAUUCAUUAAAAUACCCAUUGAAUAGUUUAUAUAAACUUCAGACACCAAAAAAAUGCCCAGACCAUGAUGUUAAAGUUUUUCAUUUAUUGUAUAGUAAACAGCACAAACAUUGCCAAUUUCAACUGUGAUAGAACAAAACUGUUAACAACAAUACAACAUUUGAUAUAGCGCUGUUGUUGAGACAUCUCAAACGCUUCACAGGAUAUGCUGUAAAGUGGAUUGACUGAGUAUUUUGUGGGUAAAACAUGACUACUAAUUGUUCACAGCUGUGUCGCACAAACCAUCAUAGAUUGAGUGACCAAAUUAUUUUUUGGGAGUGGGAUUAUUAUUGUUUCCAGCUCUGAUAUCUGGGACAAACAGCUUAUCAAUGAAGAAUAAGAUCAAAUGGGCUGAAGGGCCUUCUUUAUUUGAACCUUAUGACUUUGUGAUCUCCUUCUUGUGAUCUCUACUUGUAAUUUUGUGAUUUCAUGACCUUUUGGUCUUAAAGGACAUUUUCAAUUUCAUUUAAAAAGUAAAUAAAAAUGCUCUGCACUGAAA